UGUUGUAAGGUUGAGAGUUUAUAUAUUUGUCAGUUCCACACGUGCACUUUAUAAUGAUGAGCGUGUCUCUGUCACUGUCAUUGAUCCCAACAUCAGGCAGCAGAUCUGCCCUCUUUACAGGGUCAGCACUUUCCCAGAUUCACACAGCGCUCUGUGGGUCACUCUCCAUCACCCUCCCCUCCACCUGUUCCCCUGAGACGUGCUCAUUGUCCCCCUGCAGUAAGCACUUCAUUCAGCAUGUGGCAGCUCCGCAUUCCUCAUUGUCCUCCCCAGCUCUGCCAUUGGCUGCACACUGUGAGAAACUCCAAAAAGACCCAGACCCACACAUUCAUAUGGAGAUUACAGACUAUAAAUAGGAGAGAGUGGACCAGUGCAUCUCAGACCACCUCUACACAGAGAUACAACCAUGGCACCUACAGUCACUGCAGCAAUGAACUAUUCCAAUGAGCACCUGACUCUGGCUAACAAGCUGAGAAAGCCAGUGGUUGAAAAGAUGCGCAGAGAUCGAAUCAACAGCAGCAUCGAGCAGCUCAAGUAUCUCCUGGGCCCAGAGUUCCGUGGCCAGAAUUCCAACUCCAAGCAGGAGAAAGCCGACAUCCUGGAGAUGACAGUUUGCUUCCUGAGACGGCAGCACCAGCACCAGUCAGCGAACAGCACAUCCUGCUCUUCAGCUGUCAGUGAGGGCUACUCCAGGUGUGCGCAAGAGAUUGUCAGCUUCCUGUCUCGCUGUGAAGUGAAGACACCAUCCCAGAGAAGACUGCUGAGCCAUUUCCAGAACCCUCAGCCAUCCUCUGACAAGAGCAAGAUUCAGUUUGCAGUGCCUCAGCUGAGCUCUCCAGCACACAACACCAGCAGCAAAGAGGAGACUCCAGCCAGCAGCGCCCUCUGGAGGCCCUGGUAGAGUCCUGCAGACUGUGUCACAAUUGUCAGACCAACAGAAUUGAACAUGUCUGUCGUAGAUGGGCAUGGACAGCGAUUCUCAGGAUGUAGGAAGUAUUCUUCCUCUCCUGCACUUGCAGGAGGUUUAAUACUCUGCUUUCAUUAAGAGAAAGCCCAAGAAAGACUGAAUGACUCUUUUCCAAUAUUUGCCAAAUAUUGGAAAAUCUUAACUAUUUCUUGUUAAAUAAGAAAUGUUCGUUUAAUGGAAAACUUCCAUAUUUUUAUUGUUAUUGAAAAAUGACCGAACAAUGUUUUGUCUUCUGUUGAGACUCCAUAUGUGAAUGAAAUGAAUGCUUAUCCAAACUGGAUAUCAUCUUAAAGUGUUAAUGUUGAUUGUAUCUGGAAAAAAUGCUUCUGUGAAGGCAAUUAUAUAGGCCAUUCUGUAUGUAACCUAUAUGUUUACAUUUUGUUGUAUGUAAAAAAAGAACUUCAGUGAAGGCAAGAUUUGAUGUUUUGCAUAAGAAAUGUUUAUGCAAAAUAAUUCCACAUUUGGAGCUUGAGUACUGGCAUAAAUGCCUGUUAAGAUUCCCAUUAAGGAAGUUUUCUGCUUUUUUUUUAGGAUUUAAAAAUUGUGCUUAAAAUGAAUACUCAUUACUGAGUGAGACUUGUUAAAGUGUUGAAACUUUACACCCUCUUUUGUCUUUUACAAAGAUUCUUAUAAAAUGUAAAGCUCCACUGUGAGCUGUCUUGUGUUUUGAAGAGGUCUUCAAGCAAUGAUAUGUUUCACUCUAAGAGUGAUUUCCAUAAAUGAAUAAAUUAAGAGAAAAUCUA